AUGACUGCUCGUUCUCUAAAUGAGUCACAAACACAGAUUAUGUUACGUGGUACUAAACGAACAACAACAGCAACUCAUGCCGUAUUUUUGGAUUCACAAUCACUUCAAUAUAUGAUGGCACCUUUAGACAGCUGCGAAUUGGUUGAAAAAGAUAAUCAUAUUGUAUACAGUUACCAUGGACGUGAAUUUUCUGGACAAUUAGACACCAUGGGACCAAAGAAAUUAUGUAUUACUAAAUUAAGACAACUUACAGGUGGAACAAGCACAUAUGAAUAUGAUACAUUAGAACAAGAAGAUGAUGGAGAUGAAGACGAAAAAGAAGAACAAUCAUUUCUUACUGCUACAAAAAGAAAACGGAAACCAUUAAAAGAUAUAUCAACAAAUAAAUACGUAAAAAAGAAUCCAUCUUCAACAAAAAAUCUUAUUUUUAAUAAAGGUCCAUCAACAGAAGCUUCAUCUACAUCAUCAAUAUAUUUUACACCAGUUAAUGCCAAAAAAAAUAUUUUAACCAGAAAAAAUGAUACAAUACCCAUACAAACCACAAAUAAGAACAACAACAGAUGA